AAAACUAAAAAAAGAAAAAAAAAAAGAAAAAAAAAAAGAAAGAGAGGAGAGAGAGAGAGAGAGUUAGAGAGAGAAAGAGAGAGAAAGAGGAUGAAUGAAGAGGGGCACUUUACUACUUUUUUAUGUUGCACGCAUCCAUGGCAGAAAACAGAAGGCAGAAAACAGAGGGAAGGGGGUGUUAGAUUUAGAGCUCGUUGAAAACAACAAGACUUUCUUUACUGAUUUUGGAGGCGGCGGUGGUGGUGGUGCGGCGGCGGUUUCGUCUUUUUUUUUCAAGAAGUAUUGUUUCUUGAACGGCGGAUUUGGUGAGCCCACAUCUGUGCUGGAUUCUGCAAGAACUCCGAGCAGGCCCACGUCUUCGUCAACACUGUCUUCUUCUCUCGGCGGCGGCGGCGGAAGCACCGCUGGUGGUGGUGGUGCUGCUUCUACCGACACGGCCGGUGUGGCGGCGGCGGUUUCCGACACCAAAUGGCAGCAGCAGGACUCAACUACUGCCACCAGCUCCAAUGCUGGACGACCUGAUUCCGGUCUCCUCUCCGUCCCCCCACCUCUCCAGAUCGGAACUGCAACCGCCGCCUGCGGCGGCGCAAACCCGGAGAAAUUCGCCAUGGAGGAUUGGGAGAGCGUGCUGUCGGAAUCCGUAGCCGUUUCUCCCAGCCAGGAGCAGUCGAUUCUCCGAUUAAUCAUGGGCGAUGUCGAAGACCCUGCUAUGGGUAGUAGCCUCAACAAGGUCCUCCAAAUCGGCGGCGCCGCCGCGUCGGAGUUCGAGUUCAGCGAUGGGUUCGGUGUCGUGGAUCAAGGCUUCUGCGGCGGCGGCGGCGGCGACCAAUUCGGCAGUAGUUUCAUGCCUGCUCUACCAAGCUUCCCCAACAACAACAGCAAUCACAGAUCUUCAAAUCUGCCCACCACAAAUUUCAAAUUCUCCCCCAACGAAACCCUACCCCUCCACCACCACCACCACCACCACCACCAAACCCAAUUCGAUUCCCCACCAGAAAUGAAACCCCCCAUUUUCAACCCAAACCUUCUGCUAAACCACCAUUCUCAAAACCCAUCCUUCUUCUUUCCCUUAUCCUACCCUCACCAAGACAACAACAACACCAUCUUCGCCGCUCCACCUCACCCCAAACGCCACAACUCCGGCAGCGGCGGCUCCCCCCUCGCCGGAGCCAUAACCGACACCGGCCAACAAGAACUCUUCAUGUCACAGCAGCAUAUGCAGCACCAAACCCACCAACUCCCUCACCAGCUCCAGCUCCUCCCUAAUCACUACCAACAGAAGCCGAAAACCACCGACUGCGGCGGCGGCGGCGGUGCGGCGAUGGUGGAUGAACUAGGACAACAACAGGCAGUAGUUGACCAGCUGUACAAGGCUGCUGAGUUGGUCCAGACAGGGAAUCUCGUACUCGCGCAAGGGAUAUUGGCGCGGCUCAAUCACCACCUCUCCCCGAUCGGGAAGCCUUUCCACCGGGCUGCUUUCUACUUCAAGGAGUCUCUACAACUCCUUCUCCACCAGAACAACAACAACAACUCGUCGUCUUCUUCUUCGCCUUUCGCCCUCGUUUUCAAGAUCGGCGCCUACAAAUCCUUCUCUGAAAUCUCCCCCCUCGUGCAAUUCUCCAACUUCACUUGCAACCAAGCCAUUCUUGAAAACCUAGAAGGCUCCAAUAGAAUCCACAUCGUCGACUUCGAUAUUGGUUACGGCGGCCAGUGGGCAUCCCUAAUGCAAGAACUCGCAUUACGUGGCGGCGGGGGCGGUGGCCCACCUUCUCUAAAAAUCACAGCUUUCGCCUCCCACUUAACCCCCCACGACCAAUUAGAACUAAGCCUCACUCAAGAAAACCUAAUCCAAUUCGCUAGUGAAAUCAAUAUCUCGUUCGAAUUCGAGGUAGUGAGCAUUGAUUCUCUCAAUUCUGGUUCGUGGGCCCGCUCGAACGACAACGAAGCUGUUGCGGUGAAUCUGCCCGUGGGUUUUCUUGCUAAUUGUCAAAUGUGGGUCCCGUUAAUUCUUCGAUUCGUCAAGCACCUGUCUCCGAGAAUUGUGGUCUCUGUGGACAGAGGGUGCGACAGAACUGAUCUUCCGUUUGCGAACCAUGUGAUACACGCGCUCCAGUCGUAUUCGAAUAUGCUCGAAUCUUUGGAUGCCGUGAAUGUGAAUAUCGACGCGUUGCAGAAAAUCGAGAGAUUCUUAAUCCACCCUGGAAUUGAGAAAAUUGUUACGGGGCGAUUCAGUUCGCAAGAAAAGACGCAGCAUUGGAGGGCUCUGUUUCUGUCGUCGGGAUUUUCACCAGUGGCGUUUAGUAAUUUUGCGGAAUCUCAAGCGGAGUGCGUCGUGAAGAGGACACCUGUCAGAGGGUUUCAGGUGGAGAAGAGGCAGUCGGCUCUCGUGCUUUGCUGGCAGAGGAAGGAGCUCGUUUCUGCUUCGGCUUGGAGGUGCUGAAAAAAAAGCCGGAAAAAAAAAGUUAAGUGGAAAAAUCUUAUCUUUGCCACUCUAUCAAGAAUGUUUUUUUUUAACUUAAUUAAUCCCUUUUGGAACUUGCUUAUGAAUGAAUGUUGAGCCUGCUAAUUUUCUUCGGUGGGUCGGGCAAAAAGAUUUGUAUUACCGGAUCGGUGUUUUCUAGUAUAGUUUUUAUGUCAUUCGGUUAAUUUCUUAUGUUGAAACAUUAAUCUUCUUCCGCUUUUUUUUUUUUUAAAUUGAAAGGCAUCGGUGGUGGUUCUAA